AGCGAGUUGAGUAAGGUACGCAGCUCACAGUGAACGUCACUAGCAACAGGAUAACACAAUUCAACCAAGGACUUGGUUCAACGAAUUCGGGAAGAAGUUAUUGUUGUCAGAUAAUUUCAGAAGAGAAGGAGGAAGUUUGCUGAUUGCAAAUCGUCAACAGAAGAGGAGACAACGACAGAUUGCCGAAUCUAUUGGUGACAGCUUGAAGUGGCCAGCUAGAGUUUGGGUGGAAUCUGGCAAAAAUUGGCUCUCGCCAGAUUGUUUUUUUUUUUUAAACUCUGAAUCAUCAGUGAAUGGCAUUGCAUUAGAAUAUUCACCUGUCCCCACAGACCAUAAGACUACAACAGAUGUGAUAAAUGUUUUUGGUGAUGAUACAUUUUCAUGGCUAUUUACCCUUUCUGAGUUGUAUUGGUUACUUUUAAGAUCACAUUAAUUUCAUCUUUUAAAGUAACGAGUAUAGAGAGUAAACUAUCCAGUAUUGCAUUUUAAUUUGGCUUGCAACAAGGGGAAAAAGUUAAUUGUGGCAGGUUUUUUGAGUAGCUAACAGUUUGCAUUAAUAGGAAAGAACUUAUAAGAUAGGCUUUAGUGAUGUUUAGAAUUUAAUAUUGGAAUCAGUUGCUCAUAUUUUGCUUUUAUGUUAUAUUCAAUAUUUUCUCUACAUGAGAGUAGUAACAUGUGCUGUUUACACUUAUUUCACUAGUAUUAUCUUACAAGUAAUUGUUUAGAGUAAAUAUUCUGAUACCUUUUUCACUGCUACUAGUGCAAAAGUAACAAGAGGACAGACUGAAUAUUCUACUUCUUUGCCUGAAGAAGGAUACAAAAUUCAUUAUCUGCCAUGGCUGACCCUACUGAAACAGAGAGAUUGUCUCAAAUAAGAGAUUAUUCAGUGUCCAACCAAAAUGAAUUAAGAAUUAUCAAUGAUAUGCCAGAUAGUAGACCUAUUGUGAGAGAAACAUCCAGCUGUCAGAUAGAAGAUAAUAAUGAAGAAAUGGCGUUGGAUGGUAACGUACAAGCAAGACAAGCAAUGGAUGGAACAGGGGCACCGUCGAACAAUGUCGUCAACACAUCACAGAGUGGAAACUCUGCACAACUAGCAAGUCCGGAUCAUGCACACCACCAAACAAAGCAACAAGAACGACAAAGUGCACGAACGUCAUUCGAAAAUGAGCUUAAAUCCGUGUACCAACAAGUCGGGACGCUGUCCAUAGUUAUGUUUCAUAGCUUUGUGGUGAUAAUUAUAAAUUGCAGCGCAACUUUGGCGGAGAGGUAUAAACAUGUGGACUUUGACAGGUUGCUACUUGAUAAUUGUAGACAGAAUCCACAGAAAAUCCUGGACCUUCUUGCAGCAGUUACCAUUCUAGAAAAAUAUGCUCGAAAUCUGCUGAAACCUGUGCGACCAGCUUUUUGGACGGUUGUCAAGUUUUCCAAUGGGAUCUUCAAGACAAAAGUAGACGUAAUUCAAGGGUCAAGAAAGGUUCUUCAUAAACUUGGCUAUACCGUAGUUGCUCCAGACGGCCUUGCCUUCCCAGAGGAUAAGAAAGAACCAGAUAUUGACAUGGUUGUUGGCGUUGCUGCAGACCUGAUCCAGGCACGGCUUGAAUUAGAGAUGAUAAUAUGCGGCACGCAUCCCCAACCUGAAACAAUGUACAUACAUAUUCCUAUGGAAAUGUUCCAACAAGCUGAACAACUUGCUAAAGACCAGUACUACCAAAGGCAGAGAGAGCAGGCCAGCCUAGCUUACUCUGGACAACAGGGUUCAGAGUCUGUUGGAGCAGUUCCUGAGUCUCCUAAAGAACUUGGACAUGUAGCUAAAGACUUUGUGCAACCACCUGCUCUUGAACAUCAACAAAUUAUAGCACCUGUUACAACAUCUGAAGUCAAGAACUGUGAAGUAUGUGAGGAGCCAGCCAUCCAGUGGUGUAGAAAUUGUGAAGCAGCCCAUUGUCUCACAUGUGACUCACAACUCCACAAGCACAAGACUAGAAGGUCCCAUGUCCGAGUACCCAUUGACAAAAUGCAUGAACCACCAGGCGAACAGGAGUCACAAGUACCUGUAAAUCAGCACCGGUCCCUGCCAUUACGGACGAGUCCAUCACAGAUAUCCCCUGACAAGGUGGCUACAGUCACUCCUAAUGUACUGUCAGGCGUAUCCCUUGGUGGACAGCCCUUGGAUGUGGCAUCUGGUGUUAAACCUAGUCAGUCUUUGAGUCCACAGCCUGCUAGGACAGUGGCUAUCACACCUGCAGCAGCACCACAAGCCCAUGCAGGCCCUCAGAUACCAGAUCUCAGUAGAAGGGUGAUGAAGUUUGAGAUCGAGAUUGCGAAGUACAGAGUUGAGAUCGAAGAAAUAAACGAGAGGCAGAGCAAGUUCUCAGAGGCGACUCCCGAGUUUGUGGAGUUAGAGAAGAAGAGGCAAAAUCUGCUGAAGCAAAAAGCGAUGGUUGAGGAAGCCCUGAGACAACUCACUGGUACAGAAAGGAGAAUGGAGAGGCAGCAACAACAACAGCAACAGCAACAAGCAUACAUGGGUCAACAACAGCAAGCAUACAUGGGUCAGUCCCAGAGAACUGAUACACAGCAUGCAGGACCUGCCUUGCCUCAAGGAACAUAUCAGGCUGUUAACUUUGCUCAAGGUCAAGGUCAAUUUGUCCAGCCUCAAGGUCAACAUCCUCACCCCCAACAGCAACAGUGGCAGAACUUUGCAGGCCCUCAGAACAUGGCAGCAAUGUGGGGACAACAGCAGGCUCCCAUAAGACAACCAUACACGCUACAGUACAGACAUCCACCACAAGAGUUUGAAGCCCCAUCCAGGCCACAGAUGUCUUUCUCUGAAAUCACUUGCACUCGCUGUAGACACUCCAAUCCGAUUGUCAACAUCACCUGUGGGGUCUGCAAUGCCAAGCUGCCUUUGAUUGACAGCAGACUGAUGCAGCACGACUCCAGGUUCUUACCUGAGCCAAGACCAUCCAUGAGGGAGCUUGGCUUACCAGAAGUGCUGAAGCCACCCCCUUCUAUGGAAUGGAAGCCUUCACAGAGUCCCAAAGUCCCAGCACCAUUGGCAGCAAGUCAAACAUCUGAGCAAAGACCCUACAGAGCUGAUGCUGUGCCCUUUCAGAAGGCAGAAGAUAUCAUAAGGAGACCUCCUAUGGAACAGCCUACAGCAGGGUUGGGACAGAGCAAUGUUGGACAGACUGCUGCAGCUAGUAAUAAGGAAACCCACAAACAGGGGCAGGAUGCUGAAUCUCAUACAGCCAAAUCACAAGUCAUCAAACCAGCAUCACCACCAUUGGUAUCAUCUCAGAGUACUGCUUCGAAACCUCUUUCACCCAGCAAGUCAAAAGGGUACUCCCAGAAAUGGCACUGUGAGGCAUGCACAUUUAUCAAUGAGCGAGAUACCAGGAUUUGUGCUAUGUGCAACAAGACAAGUGACAACCCACAGUUCAUAAAAGGGACAGAAGAACAGAUACAGGAGGUGUCAGUCACUGGGGAGGCUAUCACAAAUGUGGGAGAAUCUCUGUCACAACUGAAUCUGGAGAGGAGUGCACCAUCUGGGAAGAGGCCAGAGACAAUGGGUGGUGACUUGACACCAGUGGAUACACCUGCAAUGUUACCUGGAAAAGCUGAAUCUAGAGUUCCUGGUGGGACUAUCUCUGAGAUCCAGGAUCAGAUUUGGAGGGAGAAGCAGCUGGCUAAGAAGGAGGAUGAGGAACGACAGAGAGCGUCCCUGUCUCCUGCACCACUCAUGUCCAGACCACCAGACACUGCAGCACAGGGGGUCACUGACAUACCUGACUCACCCAUGGCUGAAAGACAGCCAGACCUGUCAUCUUUGGGUCAGCAAGGAGAGGUGGAAAGGAGACCCAUGAACAUCCGGGAACUACAGGAAAGGAAAAGACAAGAAGACAUGAGGACAGAGGGACUACAGAUGAUCAAAUGGUUCAGAGCAGCAGAGAAUGCAGGCUUUCUCCCAGAAGAGGUGCAAGCAGCUCUGCUCCACUGUGAAAACGGCGACCCUGUACACUGGCUAAAGGAAAACUGGCAGGAGCUUGUGUCGAGUGUGGCAGCACAGGCAACAGAGGAAUCGAAGAAGUUGAAGACAAACAUAGUCGGAGUCAUCACCACACAGGAAGCAGCGGAAGCUCUGAGAAAACAGGAAGGAGACAUUGCCAAAUCCAUCAAAGAGUGCAUCGACUGCAGACGGAAAAAGUUCAUCUAUGUGAUGGAGUUCCAGGAGUUUGAGCAGGAUCAGGUCCUUGCGGCUCUACAGGAGAACUGUGGUGAUGCAGAGAAGGCCAUCCAGGCCAUACAACUGGAACAACUGAGACCGUUCGAGGAGCACAUCUGGAAAGAGGACGAAAACCGCAACAGAGUCGAGUUGAAGCCAGGGGACUUUGAGAGAAAUGUAAGAAUGCUGUUAUGUCAGUUCAACCUCCCAUCUUGGGGCAGGGCUGAACAGGCAGUGAAGUUGAUUGAGAGUGGAGAGUACGAUGAGUAUGACUUUGAGGACAUCAUCGAGGCUGUGCGGUCCUGUCAGGGUCUAGAAUCAUGUAAAAAGUACCUGCAGCACGAGUGUCAGGUCUGCACGGACGUGCUGCCACAACAUAAGCUGCUGGUACUGACCCACUGUAGCUGUGAAGUCUGUGUGUCCUGUAUGAAACAGUACUUCACCAUCACCAUCAGGGACAAGAACAUCAAGGACAUGGUCUGUCCUGUCUGUAGUCAACCUGAUCUCGACGAUGAUGAAGAUGCAGAAUCCGAGUUUUUCAACCUUCUUGAUAUCAUGCUAAAGAAUAUUUUGGAUGAUGAUGUCCAUGAACUCUUCCAACAAAAGCUAAGGGACCGGACACUGAUGAAACUACCUAACUUCAGAUGGUGUUCAAAUUGUUCAUCAGGUAUGAUUAAUGAUCAGCCUGAGCAGAGACUGAGGAUGCUGUGUGCAGACUGUGGAAGGUCUACUUGUUACAAAUGCAAGAAGCCGUGGGAAGAGCAGCAUGAAAACAUCACCUGUGAAGAAUUCCAGGCAUGGAAGGAACUUAAUGACCCUGAGUUCCAGGCUGCAGGGUUGGCAGCCAUACUGAAUGACUGUGGAAUAGAUUGCCCGAACUGCAAGUUCCGAUAUGCCCUUGCCAAAGGUGGCUGUAUGCAUUUUAAAUGUGUACAAUGCAAGCAUGAGUUCUGCUCCGGAUGCUACAACACCUUCAGACAUAACUGUACCAGAUUUUCCUCCUGUGCGAGGAAGGGUCUCCAUGCCCAUCACCCUAGAGACUGUCUGUUCUACAUGAGGGACAGAGACCCUAUCCAACUACAGAGACUGUUACAGGACAAUGGAAUUGAGUAUGAUACUGAACCUCCAGCUGCUGCCCAGACUGCAGAAGACCAUGAAACAGGUGGGAACAGGUGUAAGGUCAUGGAACAAAAGGAAACCAAUGAUGGCCUCCGAGAUGACUAUUGUGGUCUUGAAGCACCUGCUGGACAUGCAGGGCUAUGCAAGCUCCACUACAAUGAGUACCUUGUUGGACUGAUAAAUACCCACAAGAUAGACCCAGUGGUAAUCAUGGACACUGAUGAGCUCAGAGCUCUUCUUCUGAGAGAAGAACGACAGGUACCCCAACCACAGAGGAGAGAGGGGGAGAGGGCCUUCUGGCAGAGACUGGUUCAGGAGGUGCAGCAGAGGUUGCCACUGCCACCCCAGCCUCCUCGGGGACGAGAUCACACCUAACCAACAUCUCAUGGUCUGCAGCCUAACAUCCAUCUGCUUCCUUCCUGGUAAACAAAAGCCUAGGUACCUGCCAGCUUCUCAGCGCAGUAUAACCUGCAGCCAUAGCUCCGCAAAUGACAGCACUACCAGCUCUGUGUUCAACAUACACAGACAGGAGCCAUAUUAGCCUGGGUUACACCAUCUCUCGCUGCUCAGGGGUUACAUUAUAUACUAGUAGCCCCCUUGACCGGUUACUCAGGCAUGCUGCCAGGAGCACACUAGGAGCCAUCCAUAUGCACACCACAAAAUCUGCCAGGCCUAUUACUACUGGAAAAUAACACCUCACACAGCAAACACACAGCUUUGCAGUCAGUCAGGUAGUAGAUCUGUGAAAAAAUUACUUGGAGUGACCUGGAAGGAUGCAGAAGGAUGUUGGAGACAGGAGACCAGACAGUGGUAACGUGAGGAUGGGAAAGCUGCAGAAGAGAGUUAUGGAAUGAUAAGAAGAAGAGAAGAUAAAAUUUACUUGAAAGGCAAGGAAUGGAUGAAGGAAGAUGCCUGAAGAUGCCUGGAGACAAUGGAUCAAAGUGAUAAUUUGGGGACAAAGGAGAGAAGAGCAAUCCCUUGCCAGCACAUACUCUGAGGCAUUGCGAACAUCCAUUGCAAGGAAUUUAUAAUGUUGGUGGCUUUGACAAAAAAACAGAGUAACCAGUGACUCGACAGAAUGUACAGAGUACAGAUAUGACACCUCAGUCAGCUUGAAGCAAGUUAGAUGAGAUGGAAAGUUUUGUGAAGAUUGCCACACAAUGUGGUUGCUGAGGAAGAGCAAAGACCGACUGCAAAGCACUGCUGUGUUCCUGCUGUGUUUUCUUUGAAGACCCUGGCAGUUCCUGCAUGAUGUUGCAGAUUUUCAUUGCAUGUGUUGACUUAUUACAACAUUGGCAUGAAAACAUGGUGCAUGGUGGCUACAGAAUACAGUGCCAUAUCAAGCCUGCAACUGUGCUGUAAAAAUGUGAGCUUUCACAGCAGCAAUACAUACUACAUCGUAUUACUAGUAUUCAGUGACACCAUACUCAGAAGAACAACAUCUCUGUAAAACAGCAAUCCCCUCACAUGAGAUGAAAGAUGACACCAAGAUAACUGAAGUCACACAUCUGAUGCCUGGCUUUGUGCAUACAUAUCUACAGUUAACUUGGAACCUGAGGAGAUGAAAUGCCAUCCUUGGAACAGUUCUACCUGACAAUCCUGUAGAAGCUGUGACAAAGGCAUGAGAAAUAGUAGCAGACAUGUCACUGUUACUGUACAUACAAAGUGAAGUGGAAAAAGGACCACAUAUUACAUAUAUUGCAAAUGGAAAUCCUUACCAAGUGAAGUGAAACUUAUCUUUGUGAUAACCUUGAUACCGAUACCGGCUUGAAGUGAUGAACUAUGGAAAGAGUUCCUUAUGGAUGAACAUUACAUUCAUGGUUGAUGAGCAAUUCAAGUCAAGAUCCCUCUGUCAAGGAGGUAAAGACAUGAAGGAUGGAAUUUGAACAUUCUGGAGUUGCAUUCUUUGUAUAUACUGAUAUUCAGCUAGUUAAUACAGACAAUAACUGAUGCAUGGAAAUCAUCUCCCUUGGAUGAAACAGAUAAAACAUUGCCCAUUUUGAGGACAACAGAGGCAUUACCUGUCAUGUGCCAUUGGUGGAUGAUAGCUGUGCUAAUGUCAGCUGAAGUUGCUGGAUUCCAGACAUGGUAUUGCCAUAAGGAUAUCUUCAUGGAUCCCCCUGACUGUCCAGUUGAGGCUGACACAGUUGUCGUCAUGCCUCCAGUAUUUGGUAGAUUCCAGAUAUGGCAGAGAUGAGGAUGUCUUAAUGUCUUUGUUACUCUUGGAGCCCCCAGACUGUCCAGUUGGGAGUGAGAAGUCGUCGACAUGUCUCCAGUAUUCGGGGAUUCCAAACUUUAAUAGAGAUGAGGCUAUCUUUACUACCCAUGGACCCGAAGGCUAUCCAGUUGAUGCUGACAAGUUGUUGACAUGCCUUCAGUAUUAGGGGAUUCCAAACUUUAAUAGAGAUGAUGCUGUCAUCACUACCCAAUACCCAUGGACCCGAAGGCUGUCCUGUUGAUGCUGACAUGUCAUCGACAUGGCUCCAAUAUUAGGGGAGUCCAAACUUAGUAGAGAUGAGGAUGUCUGUAUUAACGAUGGAGCCCCCAGACUGUACUGUUGAGGCUGACAAGUCGUUGACAUGCCUCCAAUAUUAGGGGAUUCCAAACCUUAUUAGAGAUGAUGCUGUCAUCACUACCCAUGGACCUGAAGGCUGUCCUGUUGAUGCUGAUAAGUCGUCGACAUGGCUCCAAUAUUAGGGGAGUCCAAACUUAGUAGAGAUGAGGAUGUCUUUAUUACCCUUGAAGCCCCCAGACUGUACUGUUGAGGCUGACAAGUCGUUGACAUGCAGUCAGUAUUCGGGGACUGGUGGGUAGGUGAACUGUUCACCAUGCUUCAGCAUCAUGGAAUACCGGUAUGCAAGCUGAUGACUGUACAUGUAUGACUGUAUGUACUGUGACUGUAUGAUAAUACAAAAGGCUUACUGAGUCGCCACAGCUACCAAA